CCAGUCCUGCCAGCCCACGCGCGCAGUCCAUGGAGUGAGUCGCGUGCGUAAAGAGCGCUUCAGUAUCUCGCGGCCGCAACUUGGAGUUAACUUUGUAUCCACCACGCGCUCCAUUCCGUGAGACCCUGCUGGCGUCUUCCGAAAGUGAAGCUUGGCAAAUAACUAAAUAUCAGUUUUGCCGUGGGAGGGACGCGGGAGGGACGUUUUCAUUCAGCAGGAGUAGGAGCUCUGCUUGUGGCUGCCUGCGUGUCAACUCGGUGUUGGGGCCAACUCGCUGAACUCAACUGAACACAGGACUUAAUUAACCAGGGGCCAUGUCGUUCUUGGGUAGUGCGGUGCGGUGGGCGUUGAGGAGCAGAGCCCCCCUGCCCCCCCUCUGUCGCGCCUCCUCCCGAUGCUACUCCUCCUCCUCCUCUUCCUCAUCUUCAUCCUUCUCUGAGGACCAGCAGACCAACACCAAGAGUGUCCCCUACGAGACGACCUUGAAAGCGGAGGAGGAGGCGGGUUCAGGGGGUCCGACUAAGCCCGUCCCCCGGUCGGCAGACGCGGUGGUGAUUGGUGGAGGCAGUCUGGGUUGCCAGACGCUGUACCACCUGGCCAAAAUGGGCAUGACCAACGUCGUGCUGCUGGAACGAGACAGACUCACCGCCGGCACGACAUGGCACACAGCAGGGCUGCUGUGGCAGCUGCGUCCUAGUGAUACUGAAGUGGAGCUGCUGGCACACACACGCAACGUCAUCAGCAGAGACCUACAGGAGGAGACUGGUUUGGAGACGGGCUGGAUUCAAAAUGGCGGCCUCUUCAUCGCGUCCAAUAAGCAGCGACUGGACGAGUACAAACGCCUCAUGUCGCUAGGCAAGGUGUACGGGAUCGAGUCGUACGUGUUGUCUCCCGCGGAGACGAAGGAUCUGUACCCGCUGAUGAACGUGGACGACCUCUACGGAACCCUCUACGUCCCCAAGGACGGAACCAUGGACCCCGCCGGAACCUGCACCACCCUCGCCAGGGCCGCCAGCGCACGGGGAGCUAAGGUGAUUGAAAACUGCCCGGUAACAGGUAUCCAGGUGGCCUGUGAUGAUCUGGGCGUCAAGAGAGUCAAAGCUGUACAGACGCCAUACGGCACCAUCGAUACGCCCUGUGUAGUCAACUGCGCUGGUGUGUGGGCUACUAAACUUGGUGACAUGGCGGGAGUGAAGGUCCCCCUGAUCGCGAUGCACCAUGCUUACGUCGUCACGGAGAGGAUAGAAGGCAUCCAGAACAUGCCCAACGUGAGGGACCACGAUGCAUCUGUGUACCUGCGUCUCCAAGGUGACGCCCUCUCCGUGGGGGGGUACGAGCAGAACCCCAUCUUCUGGGACGAGGUGGAUGAUAAGUUUGCGUUUGGCCUGUUUGAUCUGGACUGGGAUGUCUUCAUGCAGCAUAUAGAGGGCGCUGUCAACAGGGUGCCCGCCCUCGAACAGACAGGCAUCAAGAGUACCGUCUGCGGACCAGAAUCCUUCACUGCGGACCACAAGCCCCUGAUGGGGGAGGCUCCUGAGGUCAGGGGAUUCUUCCUGGGCUGCGGAUUCAACAGCGCAGGUAUGAUGCUGGGAGGGGGGUGUGGCCGAGAGCUGGCCCACUGGAUCAUCCAUGGACGCCCAGAGAAGGACAUGUAUGGUUACGACAUUAGGCGGUUCCACCAUUCCCUGACGGAUAAUAAUCGCUGGAUCCGGGAGCGUAGUCACGAGUCGUACGCUAAGAAUUACUCUGUAGUCUUCCCCUUCGACGAGCCGCUCGCAUCUAGAAACAUGAGGACAGACCCCUUCCAUCAGGUUCUUCAGUCCCAGGGGUGUGUGUUCCAGGAGAGGCAUGGAUGGGAGAGACCCGGAUGGUUCAACAGAACCGGGCCCGCGCCUGUGUUGAACUAUGAUUACUAUGGGGCCUAUGACAUCCCUAAGAACUCUGGAUACAAGUACAACGAUCUCCUGGGAGACGAAUAUACCUUUGGCUACCCCCCACAUCACGACGUGAUCAAGGAUGAGUGUUUGACGUGUAGGAACGGCGUUGCUGUCUUCAACAUGUCAUACUUCGGCAAAUUCUUCCUCACCGGCCCAGACGCCAAGAAAGCUGCUGAUUGGCUCUUCACCGCAGACGUCAACAAGAAACCCGGCUCCACUGUCUACACCUGUAUGCUGAAUAAGAAGGGCGGGUCUGAAGCCGAUCUGACCGUCAGUCGCCUGGCGCCUGGCCCCGCCCACCUCCCCCUCGCACCUGAGUCCAACGGUGAUGCCUACUACCUGGCUAUCGGCGGUGGCGUGGCGGAACACAACUGGAACCACAUCAGAACCGUUCUACAGGACCAGAACUUCAACUGCUCACUAACGGACCACUCAGAAGACAUGGGCAUGAUCAGUAUACAGGGACCCAAGAGCCGGGAGCUCCUGCAGGAGAUCAUUGAUGCGGAUCUGAGCAACGAGGCGUUCCCCUUCUCAACACAUCAAGUAGUCAACGCAGCAGGACA